AGGGACUGAGGGGCCCUCUGAGCUAAUUGGUGCAGAGAGUGACAAAGAUGGUCUGCUUCAAAAGAGAAACCCUGGUGAGAGGUUCACGCUGCCGGGGAGGAUGAGGUUUGAGAGUGGAGGAUGCGCCUUUAUAUUCAGACUUCUGGUAAAGCCACUGUUCUGCGUCGGGAUAUUGAAAGUAGAUGCUAGUUUUCACAUUUUUGAUGGAGGAUUUAAACAAGAAACCGAGGGCUGAAAGUUUUUGAAGCAGCAGCAGAACUACAGCUUGGAUGAAGAUGAGCUACGUGCAGCUGGAGGAGGAUAUCCUGUCAUACCUGUCACAGAGCGAAACGCCUGGAAGCCCCAAAGACUUUAACGUGGUGGGCAUUCUGCAUAACUUCUGGGAGCAGAAGCAGGCGGCUCAGCCUAAUGAUUCGUCCUCUGAGUCGGAGGGGGUUGGUGGGAAAUCUGGCAGCCACACCGACAGCCUGCUGCUGUACGAGUCAGCACCGUCCCCUGGUCCCCCCUGGGUCUGCUACGUCACACUGCCGGGAGGAAGCUGCUUUGGCAACUAUAAGGUGUGUGACACUCAAGCAGAGGCUCGCCGGGACGCUGCUCGCGUGGCUCUAAUGAACUCGCUGGUGAACGAGCUGCCGUGUCGACGCAUCACCGCUGAGUUCAUCGCUCACAGCCUGAAUCAAGCCACUACAGAAAGUGCAGUCCUGAUGGAGGAUGCGUGUGACUCCAGCACCAGCAUAGGAACCUACGGCUCGCUGCUUCAGUCCUACAUGGGACGGACCAUGCUGGAGUUCCAGGAGAUGAUGACAGUUUUCCAGCUGCUGCACUGGAACGGGACACUGAAGGCUCUGAGGGAAAAGCGAUGUUCUCGACAGAGUGUGAUCACCUACUACUCCCAGCGAGGGCUAGAUGAGUGCAUGCGGAGCAGCAUGGCUCUGGAUUGGCUGGAACAGGAGCAGAGGUCACCUGGGCUCCUGGCAAUGGAGCUGCAGAUGGUGCAGAGGGAGCUAGUGUUGGCGCGACGUCGAGGCAUAGAGUUGCGCUUCUACAAGGAAAAAACGGAGAUCCUCAGCUUGGCCCUCAGCCAAGCAUAUAUUCACCGCACACCUGAAGUCUUCAGCCCAUCUCAAAGUCACACAGGCCACCAGGAACAGCUGCCUUUACAUGUAUUAUACAGCCAAGAUACAGAUAUCCAGAUGUACCCGAAGACUCUGUAUAUUAACACCAUGCACACUUCUGCCACAGACACGCCCUCUAACACCCCCUCACAAUUUCCACAGUGCAUGUUUAUGCCUUUAAAUAACCCUGAAUACAAUGAGUAAGAAUGUACAGAACGUGCCUUACAUAACUUUGCGGUUAAAUAAGGUGUUAGGGGCAUCAGAGCUUAUGAACCAUGUUAGUCGUAGUUGUGUUUUCUGAGUUCCUUUACUAUCAGGAAACAGAUUUUUUUUUUUUUAAAUAUGUGCUAUUAACACUUUAAACCACUCAUUGUUGAACAUCAAAUAUAUGAUAUGACAAAACCUAGAAGACUCAAUGUAUGUGCAGCUUAAACCAUAAAGCAGCUUUUGUUCUUAGAAUGAAGAAUAGAAAAUGUGAGUCGUGCUCAUUUGAUGUUUUGUAUUUCUAUUUAGCUUUGCCUAUGUUGCCAUGUUUUCAUUUGUGCUUUGUAACACAGUAUCGCCUAUCGCCUGUAAUUUACACAAGUUUUUUUAAAAUGUCAUUAUUUAGUUUUAUUUUGCUAUAUCGUUUUUCCACACUGAAUAAUUCAGUGGUGCCCUGAUCUACCUAUUUCUAUAUCUUAAGUCUGAUGAGGUUAUUAUUAGAUGUGUAAAAAGUCCAUUGUAAACGUGUCUCACACGCCAUUUCAUAAUCUCAAAAAGUUGGUGGGUAAAAAGGGAAGUCUGUAUUGUGCUUCGGUUUGUUUAGAAUAGCGGGUUAGCAUUUAUUAGAUCAGUGUUUCCCAAACCUUUCAGCUUCAGACUCUCAAAAUCACAAUGGAAAAGAUUCUUGACCCUGGUCAAAGUCUGCCGUACAUUUCUAUUCAGCCUCAUUUGCUCUGAUACCUCAAAAUAAAAUGCCAUGCAACCAAUC